GACACGGCAGAAGAUGGAUGCUGCGACUAUCACACUAAUUCUGAAGAUCAUCAUCGGAGUCGUGGGGAUCUUCGGUAACACCGUCGUCUGCGUUGUCAUCGCUAAAGUGCCGGCGAUGAGAACCCUGACCAACGCCUUCAUCUUCAACCAGGCUGUCAUCGAUUUCCUGGGGUCCUUAUUUAUGAUUCUGCAAAACAACCUCCAAAUACCGCCGGCAGUGAGCUCCAAUUCAGCUGUGGCAUUCCUCCAAUGCUUUGUAUGGAGAUCCGCGAUCAUUUUGUGGAUCUUUUUUGUCGCCUCUACACUCAACCUGGUAGUGCUGACGACAGAGCGCUACGUUGCCAUUGUGUACCCGUUCAAGUACCUGACGUAUUUCGACAGAAAGCGAGCAACAGCCAUGCUUGUUACAGUGUGGGUACUUGCUUUUGUUUAUAAGAGUAACAAUGUUUUUCUCUAUGAGAUCCAGGACCGAACUUGUAUAUUUGCAAAUUUGUCGAGAGCUGCCAGCGUAGCAAUUGGAACUAUUACGUUCCUCAUUGAGUAUCUGAUCCCGUUGAUCUAUAUGACUUUCUGCUACGUCCACAUCAUCCUUCAGCUGAAGAGCGCCUCGUCUACCGUCCACCCCGAGCCAUCAACCAGUCAGCAAGGGCAGAACAGCAUGAGUGGCUCCCUGCUUCGCGCCCGACGUAACACGCUGAAGACCCUCUUCAUCGUCUUCGUGACGUACACCAUCUGCUGGACGCCCAAUCAGAUCGCCUUCUUCAUGUUCAAUUUUGGGCUGCCGUUGAAUUUCCAGGGGGCCUUCUACUACAUCUCUGUGAUCUUGGUACAGCUGAACACCUGCGUCAAUCCCAUCAUCUACGCCUUGAAGUACAAACAGUUUCAGAACGGGUUGAGAGUUCUGCUCAAACCGUGUUUUCCCAACCUUGCAAGGAGACACGACCAGGAAUCGGUGCCAACCAUUUCGCCCAGAGUACAGCCAACAGCAUCCCAUGCCCAACCAAAUGUUGAGCAGGAGCCAGAGGAGAGCCCUUAACAAUACACAGGCAAGAUAACGAUGACUUGAGAACUGAAGAUGCUGAAGAUCCUGUCCUGGAUUCAAGUAUAAGAGAGACGGUAAUUCUGCACUUGUACCAAAGUAACACAUUCCAUCACUGAGUCAAGGCUAGUAACUCUUUGUGAAAGUUUGUAAUUUCGAUUUUACAUUGCACCAGUCUGUUUCUGUAGGACACACAUUACACAUGUAAUUAGAGACGUAACUGUACAAGAAAGUGAUAACUGGAAGUACAUUUUACUUUCGUCAAUGCAUAAUUUUAAAUGUAUUCAAACACCAAUGAAACUAUUCGAAAGUUUCAGAAAGCUGUUUUGUAUUCAAACACCAAUGAGAAUAUUCGAAAGUUUCAGAAAGCUGUUUUGUGUACACAGUUUUGUCAAAACGUAUCAGUGUGUUUAU